AGCUGAUAAUUGAAGGGACCCGAGAGCCGCCGCCGCCGCCGCUGGGGGGGGUGGGGGGAGCAGUGGAAGUUACUGCCGUGCCACCGAGUCCGGACCGGAGACUUUGGGGCCUAACUAGUGAAUGGUAGUGUCUAGAAAGGGUAUGUCCCUUCAAGAGAGAGGUGCCAAUGUCCAACCGGCCUAAUAACAAUCCAGGGGGGUCACUGCGACGUUCACAGAGGAACACUGCCGGGGCCCAACCACAAGACGACUCAAUAGGAGGAAGGUCACACUUAGGGCAGGCAAAACAUAAGGCACAUAGCCCUCCUGAGAGUAGAAAAUCUAAUUCUAAGGCACCCAAAGUGCAGUCUAAUACUACUUCUGAACUGUCAAGGGGACACCUUUCUAAAAGAAGCUGCAGUUCAUCAUCUACUGUCAUAGUUCCACAGCCAGAGGAUCCAGACAGAGCCAAUACUUCAGAAAGGCAAAAAACGGGGCAGGUGCCUAAGAAAGACAAUUCUCGAGGAGUGAAACGCAGUGCUAGUCCAGACUACAACAGGACCAAUUCUCCUAGCUCUGCAAAAAAACCAAAAGCACUUCAGCACACUGAAUCUCCCUCAGAAACAAAUAAACCACAUAGUAAGUCAAAGAAGAGACAUUUAGACCAGGAGCAGCAACUGAAAUCUGCACAAUCACCAUCAACAAGCAAGGCUCAUACCAGAAAGAGUGGGGCCACUGGUAGUUCACGGAGUCAGAAACGCAGGAGGACAGAGAGUUCUUGUGUAAAAAGUGGUUCUGGGUCUGAAUCAACUGGUGCCGAAGAGAGAUCUGUAAAACCUACCAAGCUGGCUUCAAAAUCAGCCGCCUCAGCCAAAGCUGGGUGUAGCACCAUCACUGAUUCUUCUUCUGCUGCCUCUACUUCCUCCUCGUCUUCUGCUGUAGCCUCUGCCUCCUCCACUGCACCACCAGGUGCCAGGGUGAAACAAGGAAAAGAUCAGAACAAGUCCAGACGUUCCCGUUCAGCAUCCAGUCCCAGUCCCAGAAGAAGUAGCAGGGAAAAGGAACAGAGUAAAACUGGUGGCUCUUCAAAAUUUGAUUGGGCUGCUCGUUUCAGCCCUAAAGUUAGCCUUCCUAAAACAAAACUGUCUCUUCCAGGGUCUUCUAAAUCAGAGACAUCAAAACCUGGACCUUCUGGAUUACAGGCCAAAUUAGCAAGUUUAAGAAAAUCCACCAAGAAGCGAAGUGAGUCCCCACCUGCUGAGCUCCCCAGUUUGAGGCGGAGCACACGUCAAAAGACCACGGGCUCCUGUGCUAGUACCAGUCGGCGAGGCUCUGGCCUGGGCAAAAGAGGAGCAGCUGAAGCUCGUCGUCAGGAGAAAAUGGCAGACCCUGAAAGCAACCAGGAGACAGUCAAUUCUUCAGCUGCACGGACAGAUGAAGCUCCCCAAGGAGCUGCAGCCUCUAGUUCUGUUGCAGGGGCUGUUGGCAUGACCACCUCUGGGGAAAGUGAAUCAGAUGAUUCCGAGAUGGGACGAUUACAAGCUCUGUUAGAGGCCAGGGGUCUUCCCCCUCACCUAUUUGGUCCUCUUGGUCCUCGGAUGUCACAACUUUUCCAUAGAACAAUCGGAAGCGGAGCUAGUUCUAAGGCCCAACAGCUUCUGCAAGGAUUACAAGCCAGUGAUGAAAGCCAGCAGCUUCAGGCAGUUAUUGAAAUGUGUCAGCUAUUAGUCAUGGGAAAUGAGGAGACACUGGGAGGGUUUCCUGUCAAGAGUGUUGUUCCAGCUUUGAUAACUUUACUGCAGAUGGAGCAUAAUUUUGAUAUUAUGAACCAUGCUUGUCGAGCCUUAACAUAUAUGAUGGAAGCACUUCCUCGAUCAUCUGCUGUUGUAGUAGAUGCUAUUCCUGUCUUUUUAGAAAAGCUGCAAGUUAUUCAGUGUAUUGAUGUGGCAGAGCAGGCCUUGACUGCCUUGGAGAUGUUGUCACGGAGACAUAGUAAAGCCAUUCUACAGGCGGGUGGUUUGGCAGACUGCUUGCUCUACCUAGAAUUCUUCAGCAUAAAUGCCCAAAGAAAUGCACUAGCAAUUGCAGCCAAUUGCUGCCAGAGUAUCACACCAGAUGAAUUUCAUUUUGUGGCAGAUUCCCUUCCAUUGCUAACCCAAAGGCUAACCCAUCAGGACAAAAAGUCAGUAGAAAGCACUUGCCUUUGUUUUGCACGUCUAGUGGACAACUUCCAACACGAAGAAAAUUUACUCCAGCAGGUUGCUUCCAAAGAUCUGCUUACAAAUGUUCAACAGCUGUUGGUAGUGACUCCACCAAUCUUAAGUUCUGGGAUGUUUAUAAUGGUGGUUCGUAUGUUUUCUCUGAUGUGUUCCAACUGUCCAACUUUAGCUGUUCAACUUAUGAAGCAAAACAUUGCAGAAACGCUUCACUUCCUUUUGUGUGGUGCCUCUAAUGGAAGUUGUCAGGAACAGAUUGAUCUUGUUCCACGAAGUCCUCAAGAACUGUAUGAACUGACAUCUCUGAUUUGUGAACUUAUGCCAUGUUUACCAAAAGAAGGCAUUUUUGCUGUUGAUACUAUGUUGAAGAAGGGAAACGCGCAGAACACAGAUGGUGCAAUAUGGCAGUGGCGUGAUGACCGGGGCCUCUGGCAUCCGUAUAACAGGAUUGACAGCCGGAUCAUUGAGGUAGCAGCCCAUCAGGUCGGUGAGGAUGAGAUAAGCUUGUCCACUCUGGGACGAGUUUAUACUAUUGAUUUUAAUUCUAUGCAGCAAAUCAAUGAGGACACUGGAACAGCACGUGCCAUUCAGAGAAAACCUAACCCCUUAGCCAAUACUAACACUAGUGGAUAUUCAGAGUUAAAGAAGGAUGAUGCUCGAGCACAGCUUAUGAAAGAGGAUCCGGAACUGGCUAAGUCUUUUAUUAAGACAUUAUUUGGUGUUCUUUAUGAAGUGUAUAGUUCCUCAGCAGGACCUGCGGUCAGACAUAAGUGCCUUAGAGCAAUUCUUAGGAUAAUUUAUUUUGCGGAUGCCGAACUUCUGAAGGAUGUUCUGAAAAAUCAUGCUGUUUCAAGUCACAUUGCUUCCAUGCUAUCAAGCCAAGACCUGAAGAUAGUAGUUGGAGCACUUCAGAUGGCAGAAAUCUUAAUGCAGAAGUUACCCGAUAUUUUUAGUGUUUACUUCAGAAGAGAAGGUGUAAUGCAUCAAGUAAAACACUUAGCAGAAUCAGAAUCUUUGUUGACAAGUCCACCAAAGGCAUGUACGAAUGGGUCUGGAUCUUUGGGGUCCACAACAUCAGUCAGCAGUGGGACAGCCACAGCUGCCACUCAUGCCACAGCUGACUUGGGAUCACCUAGCUUACAGCACAGCAGAGAUGAUUCUUUAGAUCUCAGCCCUCAAGGUCGGUUAAGUGAUGUUCUAAAGAGAAAACGACUGCCAAAACGAGGGCCAAGAAGGCCAAAGUACUCACCUCCUAGAGAUGAUGACAAAGUAGACAAUCAAGCUAAAAGCCCCACCACUACUCAGUCACCUAAAUCUUCUUUCCUGGCAAGCUUGAAUCCAAAAACGUGGGGAAGGUUAAGUGCACAGUCAAACAGUAACAACAUUGAGCCAGCACGAACUGCAGGAGUUAGUGGUCUUGCCAGGGCUGCCUCAAAGGACACCAUAUCCAAUAAUAGAGAAAAAAUUAAAGGUUGGAUUAAGGAGCAGGCACAUAAAUUUGUAGAGCGUUAUUUCAGUUCUGAGAAUAUGGAUGGAAGCAACCCUGCAUUGAAUGUUCUUCAGAGACUUUGUGCUGCAACCGAACAACUCAACCUCCAGGUGGAUGGUGGAGCUGAGUGCCUUGUAGAAAUCCGUAGCAUAGUCUCAGAGUCAGAUGUUUCAUCAUUUGAAAUCCAACAUAGUGGAUUUGUGAAGCAGCUGUUGCUUUAUUUGACAUCUAAAAGUGAAAAGGAUGCUGUGACCAGAGAGAUCAGAUUAAAGAGAUUUCUUCAUGUAUUUUUUUCUUCUCCACUUCCUGGAGAAGAGCCCAUUGGACGAGUAGAACCAGUGGGUAAUGCACCUUUGUUGGCAUUAGUUCACAAGAUGAACAACUGCCUCAGCCAGAUGGAACAAUUUCCAGUCAAAGUGCAUGAUUUCCCCAGUGGAAACGGGACAGGAGGCAGCUUCUCUCUCAACAGAGGAUCACAGGCUUUAAAAUUUUUCAACACACAUCAGUUAAAAUGCCAAUUACAAAGACAUCCAGAUUGUGCAAAUGUGAAGCAGUGGAAAGGCGGACCUGUCAAAAUUGACCCUCUGGCUUUGGUACAAGCUAUCGAGAGAUACCUUGUUGUUAGAGGAUAUGGAAGAGUAAGAGAAGAUGAUGAAGACAGUGAUGAUGAUGGAUCAGAUGAGGAAAUAGAUGAGUCUCUGGCUGCUCAGUUCUUAAAUUCAGGAAACGUAAGACACAGGCUACAAUUUUACAUUGGAGAACAUUUGCUACCUUAUAACAUGACUGUGUAUCAGGCAGUACGGCAGUUCAGUAUACAGGCUGAAGAUGAAAGAGAAUCCACAGAUGAUGAGAGCAAUCCUCUAGGUAGAGCUGGUAUUUGGACAAAGACCCAUACAAUAUGGUAUAAACCUGUGAGAGAAGAUGAAGAAAGUAAUAAAGAUUGUGUUGGUGGUAAAAGAGGAAGAGCCCAAACAGCUCCAACAAAAACUUCCCCUAGAAAUGCAAAAAAGCAUGAUGAGUUAUGGCAUGAUGGAGUGUGCCCAUCAGUAUCAAAUCCUUUAGAAGUUUACCUCAUUCCCACACCACCUGAAAAUAUAACCUUUGAAGAUCCAUCAUUAGAUGUGAUACUUCUUUUAAGAGUUUUACAUGCCAUCAGUCGAUACUGGUAUUACUUGUAUGAUAACGCAAUGUGCAAGGAGAUUAUUCCAACUAGUGAAUUUAUUAACAGUAAGUUAACAGCAAAAGCAAAUAGGCAACUUCAAGAUCCUUUAGUAAUCAUGACAGGAAACAUCCCAACAUGGCUUACUGAGCUAGGAAAAACCUGCCCAUUUUUCUUUCCUUUUGAUACUCGGCAAAUGCUUUUUUAUGUAACUGCAUUUGAUCGGGACCGAGCAAUGCAAAGAUUACUUGAUACCAACCCAGAAAUCAACCAGUCUGAUUCUCAAGACAGCAGAGUUGCACCUAGAUUGGAUAGAAAAAAACGUACUGUGAACAGAGAGGAGCUGCUGAAACAGGCUGAGUCUGUGAUGCAGGACCUUGGCAGCUCACGGGCCAUGUUAGAAAUCCAGUAUGAAAACGAGGUUGGUACAGGUCUUGGGCCUACACUGGAGUUUUAUGCACUUGUAUCUCAGGAACUACAGAGAGCUGACUUGGGUCUCUGGAGAGGUGAAGAAGUAACUCUUAGCAAUCCGAAAGGAAGCCAAGAAGGGACCAAGUAUAUUCAAAACCUCCAGGGCCUGUUUGCACUUCCCUUUGGUAGGACAGCUAAACCAGCUCAUAUUGCAAAGGUUAAGAUGAAGUUUCGCUUCUUAGGAAAAUUAAUGGCCAAGGCUAUCAUGGAUUUCAGAUUGGUGGACCUUCCUCUUGGUUUACCCUUUUAUAAGUGGAUGCUACGGCAAGAAACUUCACUGACAUCACAUGAUUUGUUUGACAUCGACCCAGUUGUAGCCAGAUCAGUGUAUCACCUAGAAGAUAUCGUCAGACAGAAGAAAAGACUUGAACAAGAUAAAUCUCAGACCAAAGAGAGUCUACAAUAUGCAUUAGAAACCCUGACUAUGAACGGCUGUUCAGUUGAAGAUCUAGGACUGGAUUUUACUCUGCCGGGGUUUCCCAACAUUGAACUGAAGAAAGGAGGGAAGGAUAUACCAGUCACUAUCCACAAUUUAGAGGAGUAUCUAAGGCUGGUUAUAUUCUGGGCACUAAAUGAAGGCGUCUCUAGGCAAUUUGAUUCAUUCAGAGAUGGUUUUGAAUCAGUCUUCCCACUCAGUCAUCUUCAAUACUUCUACCCGGAGGAAUUGGAUCAGCUCCUGUGUGGCAGUAAAGCAGACACUUGGGAUGCAAAGACAUUGAUGGAAUGCUGCAGGCCUGAUCACGGUUAUACUCACGACAGUCGGGCUGUGAAGUUCUUGUUUGAGAUUCUCAGUAGUUUUGAUAAUGAGCAGCAGAGGUUAUUUCUCCAGUUUGUGACUGGCAGCCCAAGAUUGCCUGUUGGAGGGUUUCGGAGUCUGAAUCCACCUUUAACAAUUGUCAGGAAGACGUUUGAAUCAACAGAAAAUCCAGAUGACUUCUUGCCCUCUGUAAUGACUUGUGUGAACUAUCUUAAGUUACCGGACUAUUCAAGCAUUGAGAUAAUGCGGGAAAAACUGUUGAUAGCAGCAAGAGAAGGGCAGCAGUCGUUCCAUCUUUCCUGAUCACAACAAGAAAUGCAGUGUCUGCCUGUUACAGCAAAAGAAACAAAUCAUGAUUUCUUUUCUAAAUGUAUCACCUGAGUCAAGGAAACAUGUUACGCCUUCUUGUUGUAGGAAAAGCGGCUUGCAGAUUAUAAAAGAGACACUUGAUUGAUAUUCAUUAAUGGCCCCAUGGACUUAAAGUGAUCAGGCCCUAAAACGUUGUUGUGAUGAGGUUUCUUUAGCAAGUUCUUGUUUAAAUUAUCAUUUAUUUGAUGAGUGAAGUUUUUAACUUGCUUUGCUGUGUGAAAUUUAAAAAAGGGAUGUUUUUCCAGGCUGGAACAAUAAAUGUCGCUGUGCAGUUUAAUUCUGGGCUGUGUGUAUCCAUCUAGCUAAGUCUGCAGUUUUGUUUCCUCCAAAGACAACUCUUGUACAUAAGUACAGAAAUUAAAGCUCACAUGUAUUUGACAAAUAUAGUUUAGUAGACUAGCUCUGUGUGCUUUUCACUUCCCUCUCAUUUUCUCUCCUAAUUCAUUCAUUACUGUCUGUGCAGCUCAUGGUUUUUUGUUUUUUAAUAUACAGCACUCACAGUUGUUAAAUUUUUGUUAGCCAUGGGCUUUUGUUGUCCCGUGUUCUCUCAAAUUAAGACAUAAUUUAAAAUUCAUUGGAUUGGAAUAUAUUGUCGAUAUAAUUCAGCCUUUGUGACUAGACUUUUCGUAUAGAUUAGUUUUAAUCUAGUUGUAGGGUAUUACUGGCUCUUUGCCGGGUGACGCACUAGGACGGUUUACACGGCAAUUCCGGCAGCAACAGCCUCUGGAAUGGAGGCAAGGAAAGCUCACUGAUUUCGUUUAUGUAGGUUAAAAAGUCCACAGCUUGGGCUGGCCAGUAUUUAUUAUUCUGUGGCCAGAGCAUUUUAAAUUCAUGUAACAUUUUAAGCAAAAUUAACUGUUUUUUUCCCAGAGUAAAAAAUUUUUUCCCUUGCUCAGUUUUAAGUUUUGGUUCAUGGUCAUCUUUCUUCCACUCUCCUCCUUCCCUUCUUCCAGUGCUGUCUUGGGACAAACAGUUCAGCCUUUGUCUCAACACAGAUAAAAGCACCCGUAACCAGUGCUGUCCAGUUGUUUUAUGUGCUGAUUUCUCAAAUCUCCAAUAGUCCAUCAGGUUAAUGUUUUUACCUGAAAGUAAAUAAAGUUUGCUUCAUCUUUUGUUUAUAGUUCUGUGCUGUAUGCAUAACUUUCAAUUGUAUAGACGUAUCAAGUAAACCAUCACAUCUCCAUGAUUUUUGGGUCAUGGCUGAUGUCGCUAUUUAAACAAUUUAUAAUAGCAACCUGAAGAACAUAAAAUAUGAAGAGAAAAUGGGAAGACAGUCUUCCCUAAGGUUCAAAAUUCAGCCUGUUGUAUACAUCUGAGAGAAUUUUCCAUAAUUCAUCUCUCUGAAAACGAGAGAUGAGCUAAUUUUCUUAUUGAACUUUGAGAAAUCAAUUUUCUUUUACUGACUGUUCCACAGGUCUUACUUAAUUGACACAGAAGUCCUUUCCCUGUUCUGCCACCCCAAGCAAACUUAAUGAUUUGUUUUAUUCAGGUUGCUUUGUCAUUUUACACUCAAAUGGCCUUAUAUGGAAACAUCCCCUCCUGACAGUUAAUUUGGGCAGUGACCCCAUUAAGUGGGAGGGAACUGUCAAAGGAGUUGGGGGUGGGGAGGCUCGCCCUGUCGUGGUGAGGACUCUGACAAGUGAGCGGCUUGACCCUGAAAUUCAAGAAGGGGAUUGCCUUUCUGCAGUUUCAUCACUGACCGCAUAGAAGCCGCGCAGCUUCAUCAAGUGGAAUGAAAGACUGAACCAAUCUGUUUUCAACUGUUCUGAUACCUUUUUACAAACUAAGCACAAAGAUUUUUGUGUGAACACAGCAUUUUGUUCCUCAUUUUUUAAAGGGUCCUGUUAAAAUUUAGACAUGUAUAAACAAAAUAAUGUUUCAUAUUAAAAUAUCUGUACUUGACAUUUUAAAAUCCAUGUUGUGAGGCCCUGGCAGAUUUGGCCUUAUUGAUUCCAGCCUCUGAUGAGUACGUACGAUGGUUUUGAUUCAGACUCUGGAGACUGAGUGUUUCAAAGUCAGUCAUUAUCUUUCAAAAACUUCAGCCUUCAGCUUACUCCUCUUUCAAUAGUGGAACCUUUGGUUAAUUUGAGGCAGGAAAACUCUUCUCAUUUUGAAGCAAUCUCUCUUGGCAGAGGCCUUAUUGCAUCAUAGGGAAAAAGUAUAUACUUCAUUUGCUAUUACUCCAGUUAUGCCUUAAAUUUAUUUGCUUAGUCAUCUUUUCAACAAACACUAAUUUCUUAGGACGCUUUAAACACAUAGACAGUUGGGUAGCAACUGAAAUUUUGUUGUCCUUUAAUUCUUGCUGAGAUGGAGUCAGUCAGCUGUUAGUCAUGGCUAACACUGAAUCUGUGUUGUCAUUUAAAGCGUUUGAUUUGAUCUGCUUUGUAUAUAAGAACAUAGUUUUAGCUCAUCUACGUUAAGAAGGAGGAAGUGGUUAAAUGUGAUCUCCUCUUCCUUUCCCCCCCAAAAGUGAACUGUCAGUUGGAGAUAGGCUAAUUGGGAGCAGACAUGGAGAGAGUUUUAGUGGCCUUAGCCCAACCCAGCAAAAACCUUUCACACAGCCACUUACAAGGAAUGAAGAUUUCUCCCUUCUCGUGCUUGUCUGUUUCCCUGUGUUUGCAGAGAGAGAACUUUCUUUUACUGUGGUGGUAUAUGAGAAGGGUAGUAUGCUUAAAAUCCCUCUUUGCUGGGUUUGAGUUAGGUGCAUACCCUGGAAAGAGUGGUGCAGCCUACUGGAUGUGGCCACUCACUUCCUGUUCUAGAGUGACUUCCCUGGACAUCCUAAACAUAAGGGCCAGAAGGCUAGGUGACAGCACUAACUUCUGCAUCCAAGAAAUGAGAUCUGACUCUUGAUUUUCCACAAUAAGGAUUAUCACGAGUGAAUUGUAAAUUUGGCGUCUUCCCUCUGGUUCGUCGGGUGUUGAGGCUAUACUCUCAAUUGCUAUCAGAGAGCAUAAGCUCAGGAAAUGGGACUGUCGUCGAUAUUCCAUGAAAAACUGUGAUUAAAAAAUGAGAAUUUCUUCAUAAAAGUGCAUUCAUAAAAUUGCAUUCAUAAACUAGAUCCUUUUGGGGGGAUUCUGGAUGCUGUUGUUCAUUUCUCCAUUAGCAAAGAUGAUCAAGCCUUCAUUUAUUUUAGGCUCUGGUUUUUGAUCCAUUUUGUUUUCCCUGCUGUAAUGAGAAUGUUGUUUGGAAAUGUCAUACUUUGUAUUUAUAAUUCUCUGAGAAAUGCUUUUGUAUGAGUCUUAGGUUUGACAUUGCAGUAGUUGACAUACAUGGUAAAGGAUAAUCUAGUGACAAAUCACUAAAAAAUGCUUCCUUUAUUACCUCAAAAACAAACAAAAGAAUCCAGACAAAAUAUUGUGUUUAUAAAUACAGAAAACAGAGAAUUGGCUGUUUUCCAAGAACUUCAAGUUAAUACUUAUGCAAGGAAAAGUUCUUAACACUAAAGACUUGUUCUGCAUAAAGGAGACAUUCUUUAAUAAUGGAAGAGGUAGUUUUAUUUUUACUACUCAAGCCUACUCAUAUUUCCAAAACUAUAACCAAUUGCUGAUCUCCUGUGUAAAGCGGUUUUUUUUCCUUUUAUCUGAAACAGUGAUUUAUAUGAACUGUUGGAAUAAUGGAACCUCAAACUACAGAUGUGUAUGUAAAAAAAUUGCAUAAAUGCACUGACUUCCUUCUCCCUGACUAUAUUUUUAAUAAACAGCAUUAUCCUAA